AAAAUCAGCUGUAAAUUAAAACACAAUUAUGGUUGACGGUUUUCAAAAACCGUGGACACAACGUGUCUACUGUUUAAAUUUGAAACUAUUUCAAUUAUUAUUUAAAAUAAAAAACAGAUUUUUACUAUUUUCAGUUGAAUUAUAUAUAAACAGUUUUAAUACAUAUGAUUCAAUAUUUUUUUUUAUUUAAUAAAGUGAACAAAUAUUAUAAUUAUUAAAAAAAAUUAGUAUAAUGUCUUCAACCGAACCGAGCCUGUUGCAUAUAUCUGUGUUAAGGAAAUAUUUUGGACAUUCAACAUUUCGAUCUAUGCAAUGGGAAAUCAUAUAUUCCAUUUUAGAAGUAAGAUAUCUAGGCUAUACCAUUUACAUAAUAUAUAUAUGUAAAUACACAUUUUUUUCAGGAAAAACGAGAUGCUUGUGUAGUUAUGUCUACAGGUUAUGGAAAAAGUCUUUGUUAUCAAUAUCCAGCAGUUUAUAGCAAAGGCCUAACUAUUGUUGUUUCCCCAUUAAUAUCGUUAAUGAAAGAUCAAGUGCUAUCCUUAGAGGUUUGAUCUUUUUAAUUAAAUAAUGUAAACAUCUAAUACACCAUUGUAUUAUAAUUAUACUAUUGUACACCUACAUUGUUUACACUUUUUUCACUAACCAUCACAGUUCUAUACUACUAUGGUUUAUAAGUUUAGGCUAUUUAAAAAUAUCUAUGUAUGUAUUAUUUGAGAACCUAAAUCAUGUGUAUAAUAGUGAAUAGUAGAAGAAACUGGUAUUGAUAGCAAUUGCUACAAUAUAAUGCUUAAAAAAAAUAUAUAUAUGUUAUGGCAAAAAACAUAAAUUAAUAAAUGAUAUAAUUUCCCGAUGUCAUUUACUAAAAUGAUUCAAUUAUAUAGGUAAAUGUUAUAAAACAAAUGCGUUUUAAACUCAAAUGUACAUAUUUCACUAGUAAAUGACGUAAUUUACCAAGUUUAUUGGUUAAUGAUGAUUAUAGGUUUAUAAUAACUUUUUAUUUAAAUAUUCUUAUUUUUUUUUUUUUAGUAUUCAAUUUGUAGAUUAGUGUACAAUAAAUGAUCUCUACAAGAAUCGCUUGUGUAUGCCUUCUCCUUUGAACCAACUCUUGUGUCUUUAAUUACUUAAUUUAUAUGACUCGUUCUUGACCUUCCUCUCCAUUGUUUCCUUUUAUCAUACUUUCCAGGAUAAUGCUAUAGAGUUCCUCAGGGUAUGACCUAUCAUGCACCUCGACCUUAAAUUGCUUAACAAGGUUUUUUUCUUUUACAAACUUUAACACUUCUUUGAUCAACUUGAUUUCCAUCCAUUUUAUUUCCUAUAUUUUCCUCCAGCACUACAUUACUAAAUUUUCUAAGGUGUUUUCAUAUUUCUUAAUAAGCACCUACGUUUCAUUACCAUACAGUGCUUUGCUCCAUACAUAUAUUUUAAUUAAAUAUUUCCUUGUUUCUAAACCUACAUUCUUAAAUGUUAAUAAUUUAUUCUUAAGUAUAAAUGCCUUCUUUAUUUGAUUUAUCCUGCUUCUUACUUUUUCUGAUCUUCCACCGUUGCUUAUUAUAUGCUUCCUAAAUAUUUAAAUUGUUCCACUUGUUCUAUAUUCUGUUUUCUUUAAAAGAUAUAUUAAUAUUUGGUUUAGUUUGUUUUCUGCAUACUAGUAUUUUUGAGUAAUUUUAUCAUGACAUAAAAAAACCACUGGAAAAUAUUAAUCUUAAUAAAACUUUUUCCAAAAUCACUAUUUAAUAAUUUAAUUUCUGUAUAUUAAAGGGGGCCUCUACCUCCCUAGGAUCGUCAAGUUUCAAGCAACGCUAAUAUGUAUUACAUAUUAUUGGUUAUUCUUUUGGCUACUAGAGACUUAUGGUUGUUUGAAUUAAUGUACUGUUCAAAUGUAUCACAAAUUGUAGUGCGAUUUCUAACAAGGACUGACCACAUAAACACGUCUGUGGCGACAACAUGUAAAAGCAGUAUUAAAAAAUAAUGUAUUUUUAUCAGUGGUGCCACUGUGUCUUUUCUUUAGCAGCAACACGUAAAGUGAUCCGUGUGAAAUAGGCCUUACUAUAAAGAUCAAUCGUUAUUAACAUUCCUCAACCUAGCUGGUAAUUGAUGUCAAUUACCGUGGAAUGAUUACAAUUGCAACAUUUACCAAUUUUUAGGGAAAUUAUGUCUUUUACCACAUUUACAUCUUUCACCGUAACAUAUAUAUAGAUUUAUAUAUUUAUGUAUGUAUUAUAAUAUAUCUAAUGAAAAUACUUUUCAAAUUGAGUUACUUUAUAAAAAUUAACACUACUUGUUACUCAAUUCUAGUUUAUAAAUUAUAUAUGGGUUAUAUUAACUUAAAACGUUCAAGUAGUUAAAUAUUAUAUAGAUAUAUAAUUUUUUAGUUUUAACUAAUUGGUAAAUUUAUUUAUUUAUUAAGACAAAAUAAUCUUGAAUAAUUAUAAUAUUUUUAAACCAUUUUUAUUUAUGUUUUCCAGAUGGCUAAUAUAAAAUCAUGUCUAUUAGGUUCAGCACAAACUUCUAAAGCCGAUGCCUUAAAUAGUCUUUUUUCUGGAGAUGUAAGAGUUUUAUAUAUUACUCCAGAAUGGAUAGCCACUGAAACAGCAAAAACAAUUUUACGUGAUUUACAAACUAAAACAAAUAUAGUAGCAGUUGCUAUUGAUGAAGCUCAUUGUGUCAGUCAGUGGGGUUUUGAUUUCCGAUCUUCUUAUAGGUUAGUUAAUAUACAACCUAUUUAAUAUUUUUCUACAACAUUGUUUAUAAUGAAUUAAAAAUAAACAUUUAUGUUAUAGAAAUUUAGGAAAAUUACGCAACAUAUUACCCAAUGUUCCAAUUAUGGCAUUAACAGCUACUGCUACACCAAAUGUGCGAAAAGAUAUUUGUAACUCAUUGAAUCUUAUGUAUGGAUCAACAUUACAUUUUUGAAUCCAUGACAAUUUUAUUUUAAUUUUUAUCAAUUUACCUUUAGAAAUCCAAAAUAUGUGUGCACUGGAUUUGAUAGAAAAAAUUUAUACUUUGAGGUGUCCAAAAAAACCAGUAGUAUAUUUUAUGACUUAAAUAAAUUAAUGAAAAAAAAUGGAUUAAAAAGGUUUUUUGAAGGAUCAACUAUUAUUUAUUGUCCGACAAAAAAGCAGACUGAAGCAGUUGCACAGGAAUUGAAGUGUUAGUACAUAUUAUUACUAAUUUUAAACUCUAGCUUUUUUAAUAUUAUGAAUAUUGGGACUGCUCCAAUGUAUGAUCUACUGAUAAAUGACUGGUCCAAUACGUGAUUGUUUAUGUAUGCUACUUAAAAUAGUAAUGUACUUACUAUAGUGUUGCUUGUUAUAUUCAUACUACAAAAAUAUUUUUUUAAUCUGAUAAAAAAAUCAUCAAAUAUUUGAUAUAUUAAUAUUGUUUGAUUUAUAAAUUUGUAUUGGGUGGCAUGACCACUACCAUUAUUCUUUAAGUUGGUUUAAUAGUGGAUAUGCACCAUUAACUUUUACAUUAUACAUGGAUUUAACUAACUUCCACAAUAACUAUUGUUUAAGUAUGAGCUCCAGUAUUUGGAUCCACACAAUUUUCAGUAUGAUUUACAGUUUGAUGAAUAAAUCCAUUAUCUUUUAGAGAACUAUAUGCUUGCCACUGAUCACUGUGAAUCGUACCAAUUACUACCUCUCUUUCUAUUAUUGGUAAGAGUGUUUGUCGAUCCCUCUUUUCUACAAUGAAAAAUCAGCUUUCAGUUUUGUUAUUAUUAUAACAUAUAUCAAAUACCCACAAUACCUAUAUUCUAUUUAAAUAAUUUCGUUGGCUAUUUUUUACUGGAGUUUCAUUUUCAUCAUUUGAAGUUUCGUCGCUAUCUUCAUGUGAUUGUAGGUCAUAAUCACCAUAUUUUAAGCGACCACAAUUAUAUUUUUGUUUCCCUCGAAAUAGGAAUUCAUCUUAUCUGUACAAUGUAACCAGGACCUCUCAUUUUUGAUUUUUUUGAAAACUAAUCAAUAACCACAUCACGGCACAGAUUGUACCAGUCAAUUACAGUGGAUUUACUUCUAUCUGUUCAUAAAACUGCAUUAUGUACUGGUAUUAUACCCAAUAUCAGACAAGUUCUAUUAUUUAUGUUAGAGCUAAAUUACUAUGACAUUUACCAUUGAGGUCUGUGUUAGAAAAAAAUGGAUUUCCUAUGCGAAUUGACUGAUAUGUUUGGCAUCCUUUUUUAGCGCAUCUCAUAGUCACAAUUUGUUUAAAAGUACUGUCUGAAUGCCUAUUUUUUAAUGUCUACCACAUUCGGUGCCAUCAAUAUUCUUUUUUGAGCAAACUAAACAAAUUAUUACUUGAAAGGUUUUUAUUUUUUAAAUAUUCAACGCAUUUCAAUUCCUCAAUAAUUAUAUUUCUGUAAAAAUAUCCCAUUGUUGUAGUAGAAUUCAUUUUAAAUUGGUACUAAAAUCGUGAAAAAAGAAAAUCGAAAAAAAUUCACCAAUAAUGAAAUGAUACGGACAAAUGCUUAAUGGUAACUGAAUGUUUAAAUGGUAUUUUAAAAAUACGACACAAGUGUAAACUAUAGGUAUCUGUUAUUGGUAGAUCACACAUUCUACAUACAACACUACAUUGUAGAUAGCCAUUUAUCGGUAGAUUAUACAUUGGACUAGUCCCUAAAUAUUAAUUUAAUUUUAGCCAAUAGGAUUGAAUGUGAGGUUUAUCAUGCUGAUAUACCAUUAAAUAAAAGAAAUGCUGUACAUGAAAAUUUUGUAAAAGAUAAUUUGCAAAUUGUUGUAGCUACAGUAGCUUUUGGAAUGGGAAUUGAUAAACCAGGUAAUUAAUAGAUUUAAUCGGUUAGUUAAAAAAAAUGAGUUUUAUUAAUUUAUUGUUUUUUAUAGAUGUACGACGAGUUAUUCACUAUGGAGCACCUAAAGAUAUUGAAUCAUAUUAUCAAGAAGUUGGUCGAGCAGGACGGGACGGUUUACCAGCAAUGUGCCAUAUAUUUUAUAAUCAAGCUGAUAUCAUGCUUAAUAGACAUAUAAUGCUUUCUAACCUCACUAAUGACACAUACCGUGCACAUAAAGAAAAAAUGGCUAAAGUCAUUGAACAGUAUAUGGAGACUAGAUUGUGUAGGCGGCAGUUACUAUUAUCUUAUUUUGAAGAUGCACCUUCAUCGUUAACUGAAACUGCUAAUAUUAGUAAUAUUCGAAAUGAUUGCUGUGAUAAUUGUACUUAUAAGUAUGAAUUUUAUUUUAAAAUACAAAUUUCAAAUCUGUCUAAUUAAUAAAUUGAUUGUUUUAAAUAUUUUAGCCAAAUGGAUAAUAGUUUAAAACCUGAUAAUAAUAUAGAUCUAACUGAAGAUAUACAAUUAAUUUUAAAAUGUGCACGCGCAUUAGAUGGUCGGUUUGGACUUGUGGCUAUAGUAAAUUUUAUUUGUGGUAAAAAAAAUGACAAAUUCAAUAAAUUUAUGGUGAACAACAAAUUACAUGGAAUAGGAAAGUUUAACACUGAAGCAUUUUGGAAAGCAUUAGGUAAAUAAAUCAGAAUUUAAUAUGCUAAUCAAGUUAAAAUAGAACAGUUAAAUUAUUAAAGUUAUUUUAUGAUUAUUUAGGUAAAUUAUGUUUAAGAGAAAGUUUAUUACAACAAAAACCUUGCAGUUCAUUUCAGCAAGGGAACAAUUUUUCAUUUCCAAUUAGUACAGUUUCAAUUUCAAAUAAAGGACAUGUAUUUUUAGAAAAGUACUAUGAUAUUUUUUAUUACUUGUGUUUAUCAAAUUAAUUUUUUUUUUUUUAGAGGGAAGGAAUCUGGUAUUAAAAUUGACCCAUCAUUGGAUGUGUUGCAAUUAUUUAAAUCAAAGUUAACUGAUAAGUAAUAAAAUACAAUUUUUUAUUUAAUAAAAUACAACUAAAUCACUCAUGUGUAUAUUUAUUCUAGACUUAAAUAUAAUGAUAAAUUGAGUGGUAUUUUAGAUACAAAAACAAAAAAUCCUUAUGAUCCAAUAUUUCAAACAAUGCAAAGUACUCAGUAUAGUUCAAAGCAAAAAAUUGUAAACACAGAAUUGGAAGUAAAUUUUUUAAAUAAUAUGAAUACAUAUACAAACUAAUUUAAUCUAAUGAUUUGUAGAACACAAUAUAUUCAACAUUAGUGAUAUAUAGAACCACAUUAGCUCAACAAUUGGAUUGUAUGCCAUACAUGAUUGCUAGUAAUAAGAUGUUAAUCAAUUUGGCAAAAUUAAAACCUAAAGACAAAUCGGAAUUAAAAAAUAGUAAACAAUUUUUAAUACCAUUUUGUGUUUAUAUUAUUGUGCUAACAUAUUAUGUCAGUUAAUUUUUUUUUAUUAUAGUUGAAGAAUUUACUGAUGCCAAAAUUGAACGUUUCGGUCAAGCAAUGAUAAAUAAAAUACUAGAAGUUAUUAACAGAUAUGCAAUUGAUAACAAGGUUGAUGAUGAUGUGAACACAAAUAAAUCAAUGUAAAUAUUUGUCUUUUAUUUUUUACCAAUAGAAAACUGUUAACUUGGGGGUAGAAAUUAAUGGGAGACAAAGAAAAAGAGUUUAUAAAUAAAGUAAAAGAAAGCGUCAUAUUAAAUAUUGAAGGAAAUAUAAAAAAAAUUGUGGGAAAGAAUGGAUCCUUUUAUUAAAUAUGAUUGGGUAAAGUACCAAAGACUGUGCAAAAAAGUUAAGAGGGCCGUAAGUAACAAGAAGUGUUGCAGGCGUCUUUUCAAACUCAAAUUCAGGUUACUUUAAAGUAUAGACCAAAGUCAGAAAUUAUAACACAAUAUUUUAUUAGUUGUUGAAAAUAACAAACACUUAAUUUAACUUCACAAUUUAAACUUGCAUGAUGGUGCUUUGUAUUUUACAUAAUAGGCGAGGUUAAGAGUUUUAAGUAACUAAAGUCUUCUGUACAUAAGAACAGUGGCUUUUUAUGAUGAUGUGAAAUAUUUGAUUAAGUGUAGUUGGAAAAAGUGGAGAGAAGUGUCUAGUGUUUUAUGUGAUAAAAAGAUUCUAAUGAGGCUUAAAGCUAAGCUCUACACAAAUGUAGUGAGACCGGCUAUGUUGUGUUAUACAGUUCAAAAUGUUGAGCGAAAGACAGAAAAUGAGUGUACCUUAGAUGAGAAUAUUUAGGUGAAUGAGUGGAAUGACGAGAGAAGAUAGGAUAAGAGAUAAGUACAUAAUUGAUAGUUUAGAUGUGGCUUUGAUAGUAAACGAAAUAAGAAAGAAUAGACUUAAAAUUAUUUAGGCAUAUCACAGGGAAAAAGAUAUCUAAAGCAAUAAGAAUUGUAAUGCAAAUAAAUGUAAAAGGAAAGAAAUAGAGAAGAAGACCGGAAAAGAGGUAGCUGUAUGUGAUUGAGAAUGGUAUAAAGAUAGCCGAAGUAUGCAAUGUUGAUGUGGGAAUCUGGUUAAGUGGAAGUUUAGAAUGUGUAUGGUCAACUCCAAAUAGUUGAUAUGAAGGCAAAGAAAAAGAAAAAUAGAAAACUGUCAACUAACUUUGUAUUUUUUUCUAGAAACACAAAUACCAAUGAAUGUGAAAGUCUUUGGGAUGACUGUGAUGAUUCGAUAUUUAGUGAAAUAUGCGAUAUUGAUGAAGCAGGAAAUUCUAAAGAAGAUUUACAAAAAAAUGAUUGUAAUGAUUUAUCAUCGGCAAAUCUUGAUAACACAGCUAAAAGAAAAUAUUGUGCUAUUGAAUCUAAUUGUCCAAAUCAAAAAAAUAUAGAAAAAAACAAAAAAUAUAUGGUUGAAAAAUUAAAACAGAACUCUCUAUUCAGUUAAUAAAAGACUAAAAUGUAUUAUUUAUUAAAAUUCAACAUGUUUAUUAAUAUAUUGCUUUACUAAAAGUUAAUUAAUAAUCAUUAAUAUCAGAAUAUAACAUGCUCGAUUUGAAUUUAUAUGCCUGUUAACUGUAUAAUGAUUUACUAUAUGAUAAUGAAUCAGAUUAUUGCAUAUUAUUAUUUUAAUAAAAUUGCACUCU